UUAGCUCUCGAGUCAGAAAAACAGCAAGCUUUAAAGCUCAACGGUGUUGGCAGUGGCAGUUUUCAUCCAACAAGCUUCAAAGAAAAGAAGCCCUUUAUCCACUCCUGCUCACCUCCUAUUUUUUUAUGACCUGUUGACAUAAUUUCUCUAUCCUACUUUGAGUCCGACACUUGAGCAGCUUAAGAAGUAUUUUUCCAUCUUGCCUGACCCCCUUUUCUCCUGAAUUGCAUCCCUCCACCUUUUAAUUUACCUUGCUACCCUUUCACUUUGAUUAAACUGCUUGCUAUUCACUUCUAUUUUGCCUCAUCUCGUAUCUGGUGUUUUUCCUACAAUCUGCCACCCCAUAUACCUUUCACUGCUCAACUUUUCUCUCAUGCGGUCUUCCUGCCAGACUUUUCCCCUCCUUAUUAUUUGCUUUUCUCUCAUUUUCUUUGCCUGAGGGCAGAGAGGACCGCAUACUGCACACUCUCUCUCUUCAAAUUGGUUCUAGACCUCAUACAACCUGCUCACUUACCCGCUCCCGUCCGUCAAUUAUUCCCCCUCUCCUGUCACGAUGUACUCCUCCGAGGAGCUGUGGAACUCCACCGAGCAGGUCUGGAUCAAUGGAUCCGGAACAAACUUCUCUCUAGGAAGACACGAGGAUGAGGAGGAGGAGGAAGGAGACAAGCAUCCUUUCUUCACGGAUGCCUGGCUGGUCCCUCUGUUCUUCUCUCUCAUCAUGCUGGUCGGACUGGUGGGCAACUCUCUGGUCAUUUAUGUCAUUUCAAAACACAGACAGAUGAGGACGGCAACCAACUUCUACAUAGCAAACCUGGCCGCCACUGACAUCAUCUUCUUGGUGUGCUGCGUCCCCUUCACGGCCACCCUUUACCCCCUCCCUGGAUGGAUCUUUGGCAACUUCAUGUGCAAAUUUGUCGCCUUUCUGCAACAGGUGACGGUGCAAGCCACCUGCAUCACCCUGACUGCCAUGAGUGGAGACCGCUGUUACGUGACAGUCUACCCCCUGAAAUCUCUUCGGCACCGAACCCCCAAAGUAGCCAUGAUUGUCAGCAUUUGCAUUUGGAUCGGUUCUUUCAUCCUCUCUACACCAAUUUUAAUGUACCAGCGUAUAGAGGAGGGCUACUGGUACGGCCCGAGGCAAUACUGCAUGGAGAGAUUUCCCUCUAAGACGCAUGAGAGGGCUUUCAUCCUGUACCAGUUCAUUGCUGCCUACCUGCUGCCUGUGCUCACUAUCUCUUUCUGCUACACUCUGAUGGUUAAGAGGGUUGGCCAGCCCACUGUAGAACCUGUAGACAAUAAUUACCAGGUGAAUCUCCUGUCUGAGAGAACAAUCAGCAUCCGAAGCAAAGUUUCCAAGAUGGUGGUAGUGAUUGUGCUUCUCUUUGCCAUCUGCUGGGGGCCCAUCCAGAUCUUUGUCCUCUUCCAGUCUUUCUAUCCUAACUACCAGCCUAACUACGCCACAUACAAGAUCAAGACGUGGGCCAACUGCAUGUCCUACGCCAACUCCUCUGUCAACCCCAUAGUUUAUGGCUUUAUGGGAGCUAGUUUCCAAAAGUCUUUCAGGAAAACUUUUCCCUUCCUGUUCAAGCACAAGGUCAGAGACAGCAGCAUGGCUUCCAGGACUGCCAAUGCUGAGAUUAAGUUUGUUGCUGCGGAGGAAGGCAACAAUAAUAACGCGGUGAACUGAUCCCGAUCAUUUAACAUAAGAAGGAUACAGCCAGUUUUCUAAUGUGAACCAUGAAAAAAAUAACACUAAUUGUGUGUAAACGUCCUCAAAGAGCAACUGAUCUGAAAGAGACACUGUUUGGCAGCCGGGAUGUAUUUAUAUCAGUGAAUAUAACUAAUGAAAUGAUGUGAGGAAACUCAGACACAUAAAAAAGAUGGGCACUAACAGUAUUUGGCACAAUAUGUUACCUGUUCCAACUGCCAAGGCUGGCAAUGCUGGCACAUGUCUGCCAAACACCAGGUCUGAAUAACACAAAGCUGAACACACCAGAUGACAAAAGAGGAGAGUUUGGCCUGAAAGCUGCAGGCAGGACAUUUAAUCCCUGUUUGAUCUGAUGAGGUCUGCAGCUCUAGAAUAAACUGGACCGAGGACAGAUGAUGAUUAUAGAUAUCAUAUGAAAUGAAACAACACUGAAUGUAUAUUUGAAUUUAACACUCUUGACUAAAUGGCAGUUGGCUUGUUUUAUUUUUGUUUGUUUUUUUGCUAGUUUUUCUGUGGUUGACAUUUACGUCUUCGUUGGAGAAAAAGAGAAUAAUUUAACACUUUGAGUAUGCGUCACUCCGAAGAACAGCGAACACUGUGACACUGUGUAAAUGUUUAAAAGGUGAGCGUUCUUAUAAUUUCUUUAAGCAAUCUUCAGGAAUACUUCUCCUGGCUUCUCAAAGGACAUUCAAAGCUCUUCUUUGGAUGUUCGCUGCCUUUUGUUCCAUUUUCUGUCAAAAUGAUCUCGUGCUGUUUCAGUGGUGUUGAUGUCCAGGCUCUGGGGAGGCCAAUCCAUGACUGAUGGUAUUUCAUUGUGUGUUUUUCUAUCGAGGUGUGCUUUGAA